AUGUCUCUUCCAAACUUGGGUGACUACAUGUCCUUGGCUACCACCCCAGGUACCGGUUUCACUUUGGAUGACAUGCCAGCUGGUGUCUUAAGUAUCGGUAUGGCUUUGGCUGGUGCCACCGACCACUCUUACACUUCCAUGUACAGCGAAGUCGACAUGGCCGGUGUCUCCUCCAUGUUGACCCAAUUGCCAUGGUACUCUUCCAGAUUAAAGGCUCAAAUCGACUCCAUUGUCGGUGCUCCAGCCACCUCCGCUGCUGCUUCUUCUGCUGCUCCAGCUACCUCCGCUGCCGCUACCUCUUCUGUUGAAGCUGCUUCCUCUUCUUUCGUCGAAGCUUCUUCUUCCGCUUCUUCUUCUGCCGCUGCUUCCUCCUCUUCUUCUGCUAAGGCUACCACCGUCUCCACCAAGGCUGCUGCUUCCUCUUCUGCUGUCGCCGCCAUCUCUCAAAUUGACGAUGGUCAAAUCCAAGCUACCGUUUCUCAGCAAACUGAAAACGGUGCCGCUAAGGCUGUUGUCGGUAUGGGUGCUUUCGCCGCUGCCGCCGCUUUGUUGUUAUAA